CUACAGUCCACUGGGAGAGAGAACAAGGGCAAAGACUGGCCCCGCAACGAAGCGAGAGUUUUUCGGACUGAGGCGCAGAUCGAGAAGAAGGAGUGACUAAGGGGACUGUAUCUAGCGCUGGAGGCGGGUUAUUACUUUUAAAAAACCAGUAACUUGUAAGUGAGGAGAGUACGGAGCUCGCCAGCCCCACCCAGAAAUGUUAGCUCAAGGAACUGUCUUUAUUUAAUGUGCGCUUAUCGACUUUGCCGCAGGACUCCAAAAACGAGAAGCGAGAGGCUGCUGCUUAUAAAGUCGAAUAAAGUGCAAAUCCGCUUUAUACUAAUAGGGAGAAUUUGAAGCGCACCUGCCGGGCGCGGUAGACAUGCCAGCAACCGGUCGCGUCUUAAUAUGAGCACUUUCUACAUCGCGACCCGCAUGAUGAGGCGACCGUCGCUACCGUGUGUCGCUCUGACUGCUGUCCUCCUCUUUGCCGUCUUCGAGGGCGUCAAACCGGAUACGUGCACACCUUGUACGGAUUUCAAGGCUCAAUUCGUGUUUCCGUCAUUCAUUACGGUUUCUACUGGAAACUGCACUAUAGACCCCAAAGUCAAUGGCGGAAACUUCAGCUACUCUAUGUCGGUUACAUGUGCACCAAACAAUGCCAGCAGCUACAUCAACAGCUAUAAUUUCACUAAUGUGACACUUGGGGAAAAUUACAAGUUCAACAUAAACGCCUCGUUUGGGAACGUUAACUAUCCUGUGACCCUUUAUAGUUAUACGUAUGUUAACCCGCUGACAAAUCUCAGGGUAGUCAACAAAACAACUGGAUCCAUCGGAAUUAGCUGGGACCUACAGCCAAACGUGUCCUCGGGCUCGUUCAGCUACUAUGUAUCCUAUAAUAACUCCACCUUCAAUACCACUAGUAAAUCUGCGCUUCUUGAGAACUUGCAGCCAGCGACUUCGUACAACAUUUCUGUGAUGAUUGUGGUAGCCCAGGGUACUUCCCAGCUUUCUGUUGUGGAUUUUACCAAACCUGAUGUCAUCAGGAACCUGACUAUCACUGCAAUAUCAACAACGUCUGUCUCGCUGUCCUGGGCUCCUCCUGUGGGAAAUGCUGCCUUUUACAGUGUAUUAUGGAAUGACAGCAGUACUCAGCAGAAUACUACUUCACUUAACACAUCCAUAACUAUUAGUAAUCUGACCGCUGGAAAUCAGUAUACAUUCAGUAUCACUCCGAUUGCAGGAGAUAAUCAAACUGCAGGAGCUCCUAUCAGUCUGUCACAAUAUACCAGACCUGAUGUCAUCAGGAACCUCAUUGUGACUGUAAUAUCACCAACAUCUGUCUCAUUGUCCUGGGUUCCUCCUGUGGGAAAUGCUGCCUUUUACAGUGUACUAUGGAAUGCCAGCAGUACUCAGCAGAAUACUACUUCACUUAACACAUCCAUAACUAUUAGUAAUCUGACCGCUGGAACUCAGUAUACAUUCAGUGUCACUGCGAUUGCAGGAGACAAUCAAACUGCAGGAGGUCCUAUGAGUGUGUCACAUUUUACCAGACCUGAUAUCAUCAGGAACCUCACUGUGACUGUAAUAUCACCAACAUCUGUCUCAUUGUCCUGGGCUCCUCCUGUGGGAAAUGCUGCCUUUUACAGUGUACUAUGGAAUGCCAGCAGUACUCAGCAGAAUACUACUUCACUUAACACAUCCAUAACAAUUAGUAAUCUGACCGCUGGAACUCAGUAUACAUUCAGUGUCACUGCGAUUGCAGGAGAUAAUCAAACUGCAGGAGCUCCUAUCAGUCUGUCACAAUAUACCAGACCUGAUGUCAUCAGGAACCUGACUAUCACUGCAAUAUCAACAACGUCUGUCUCGCUGUCCUGGGCUCCUCCUGUGGGAAAUGCUGCCUUUUACAGUGUACUAUGGAAUGACAACAGCACUCAGCAGAAUACUACUUCACUUAACACAUCCAUAACUAUUAGUGAUCUGACCGCUGGAACUCAGUAUACAUUCAGGGUCACUGCGAUGGCAGGAGACAAUCAAACUGCAGGAGCUCCUAUGAGUGUGUCACAUUUUACCAGACCUGAUGUCAUCAGGAACCUGACUAUCACUGCAAUAUCAACAACGUCUGUCUCGCUGUCCUGGGCUCCUCCUGUGGGAAAUGCUGCCUUUUACAGUGUACUAUGGAAUGACAACAGCACUCAGCAGAAUGCUACUUCACUUAACACAUUCAUAACUAUUAGUAAUCUGACCGCUGGAACUCAGUAUACAUUCAGUGUCACUGCGAUUGCAGGAGAUAAUCAAACUGCAGGAGCUCCUAUCAGUCUGUCACAAUAUAACAGACCUGAUGUCAUCAGGAACCUGACUAUCACUGCAAUAUCAACAACGUCUGUCUCGCUGUCCUGGGCUCCUCCUGUGGGAAAUGCUGCCUUUUACAGUGUACUAUGGAAUGACAACAGCACUCAGCAGAAUACUACUUCACUUAACACAUUCAUAACUAUUAGUAAUCUGACCGCUGGAACUCAGUAUACAUUCAGGGUCACUGCGAUGGCAGGAGACAAUCAAACUGCAGGAGCUCCUAUGAGUGUGUCACAUUUUACCAGACCUGAUAUCAUCAGGAACCUCACUGUGACUGUAAUAUCACCAACAUCUGUCUCAUUGUCCUGGGCUCCUCCUGUGGGAAAUGCUGCCUUUUACAGUGUACUAUGGAAUGCCAGCAGUACUCAGCAGAAUACUACUUCACUUAACACAUCCAUAACAAUUAGUAAUCUGACCGCUGGAACUCAGUAUACAUUCAGUGUCACUGCGAUUGCAGGAGAUAAUCAAACUGCAGGAGCUCCUAUCAGUCUGUCACAAUAUACCAGACCUGAUGUCAUCAGGAACCUGACUAUCACUGCAAUAUCAACAACGUCUGUCUCGCUGUCCUGGGCUCCUCCUGUGGGAAAUGCUGCCUUUUACAGUGUACUAUGGAAUGACAACAGCACUCAGCAGAAUACUACUUCACUUAACACAUUCAUAACUAUUAGUAAUCUGACCGCUGGAACUCAGUAUACAUUCAGGGUCACUGCGAUGGCAGGAGACAAUCAAACUGCAGGAGCUCCUAUGAGUGUGUCACAUUUUACCAGACCUGAUAUCAUCAGGAACCUCACUGUGACUGUAAUAUCACCAACAUCUGUCUCAUUGUCCUGGGCUCCUCCUGUGGGAAAUGCUGCCUUUUACAGUGUACUAUGGAAUGCCAGCAGUACUCAGCAGAAUACUACUUCACUUAACACAUCCAUAACAAUUAGUAAUCUGACCGCUGGAACUCAGUAUACAUUCAGUGUCACUGCGAUUGCAGGAGAUAAUCAAACUGCAGGAGCUCCUAUCAGUCUGUCACAAUAUACCAGACCUGAUGUCAUCAGGAACCUGACUAUCAUUGCAAUAUCAACAACGUCUGUCUCGCUGUCCUGGGCUCCUCCUGUGGGAAAUGCUGCCUUUUACAGUGUACUAUGGAAUGACAACAGCACUCAGCAGAAUACUACUUCACUUAACACAUUCAUAACUAUUAGUAAUCUGACCGCUGGAACUCAGUAUACAUUCCGGGUCACUGCGAUGGCAGGAGACAAUCAAACUGCAGGAGCUCCUAUGAGUGUGUCACAUUUUACCAGACCUGAUGUCAUCAGGAACCUGACUAUCACUGCAAUAUCAACAACGUCUGUCUCGCUGUCCUGGGCUCCUCCUGUGGGAAAUGCUGCCUUUUACAGUGUACUAUGGAAUGACAACAGUACUCAGCAGAAUACUACUUCACUUAACACAUUCAUAACUAUUAGUAAUCUUACCGCUGGAACUCAGUAUGCAUUCAGGGUCACUGCGAUGGCAGGAGACAAUCAAACUGCAGGAGCUCCUAUGAGUGUGUCACAUUUUACCAGACCUGAUAUCAUCAGGAACCUGACUAUUACUGCAAUAUCAACAACGUCUGUUUCGCUGUCCUGGGCUCCUCCUGUGGGAAAUGCUGCCUUUUACAGUGUACUAUGGAAUGACAACAGCACUCAGCAGAAUACUACUUCACUUAAUACAUCCAUAACUAUUAGUAAUCUGACCGCUGGAACUCAGUAUACAUUCAGUGUCACUCCGAUUGCAGGAGACAAUCAAACUGCAGGAGCUCCUAUGAGUGUGUCACAUUUUACCAGACCUGAUGUCAUCAGGAACCUGACUAUCAUUGCAAUAUCAACAACGUCUGUCUCGCUGUCCUGGGCUCCUCCUGUGGGAAAUGCUGCCUUUUACAGUGUACUAUGGAAUGACAGCAGUACUCAGCAGAAUACUACUUCACUUAACACAUCCAUAACUAUUAGUAAUCUGACCGCAGGAACUCAGUAUACAUUCAGUGUCAAUGCGAUGGCAGGAGACAAUCAAACUGCAGGAGCUCCUAUGAGUGUGUCACAUUUUACCAGUGAGUCUUCAUUAAGAAUGAACUUUUGUCCUUUACUUUGGAAUUUUUGAUAGUACUACUUUAGUUUUUGUAAGCCUUAUAUAUCUGUUAUGUGGCAAUGAUGGUUUGUUUGUUAAACCUUUCCUGAGUUGGAAUAGAGUGGACGGUCUCUCUGAGAUAUACUGUCUUCCUGAAGUUGUUUCGUCAUUAUAAUAAUUUGACACCAUAAAGACAGUUCUUGACUUCUUCUAAGAUAAUUGUUUCAGUAUUAAGAGAAAGUAUAGAUUUUUCUAAAGAAUCUGGUGGCUAGAUGUUUUCAAAAUCCAUUCCCAGGAAAAACGUGGCUAACGGCAUAACUGUGCCAGUAUAUCUACCCAUGAGCAGGGAUGUAGCUAGACAUUCUGGCCCCACUGAGAAAAUAUGACUUUGGGCCCCCCACCCAAAUUUGCAUGUACUUUUAUUUACUCAAGGGCCCCUGUUAAGUGCUCGGCCCCCUGAAUUUGCUUGGGUAACCAUACCCUUCCGACACCCCUGUGCAAGGGUACAGUCUAUAGGAAAUGCCUUUAGGUAAUGAGGGUUUGAAAAAAAAAAUCACAAAAUGAAUCUUUAACUGAAAAAUUGUUUUCUUCCCUGACCCCCUCUCUCGCACGCACAGGACCUGAUAUCAUCAGGAACCUCACUGUGACUGUAAUAUCACCAACAUCUGUCUCAUUGUCCUGGGCUCCUCCUGUGGGAAAUGCUGCCUUUUACAGUGUACUAUGGAAUGCCAGCAGUACUCAGCAGAAUACUACUUCACUUAACACAUCCA